UAUUAUCUUUUCUAAAAUUCUAUGCUUUCCAACGAUAUAUCAAAUGUUAGUUUAGGACCCAACUCUAAAUUGGAACAAACGAUACCAUCGAUGAUUUCAGCGCUGAGUUUAGGAGAUGUUACAAUGUUUUCGUUUGUUUUCGCUACCGAUGACGUAACAAUAACCAAGCAAUAUAAAAAAAGAGCUCAAUGAGAGAACUCCUUUCUUAAAUCAAUGGAAUUAAUCAAGAUUAAUAGUAAGAAGUGUUGCUUUAAUAGAGAAAUGGAAUAAUAGCCUCAGAAACAUAAAGUAAUUUAAAAGUAUUACAUGUCAAUGAUUAAAUAUUAUACAUAAAUAUUAUUAUAUAAUCAAAACCAAAACAAGCUAUAUAGAGAAAGCCUUUUCCUAACCUCGAAACCUUGAAACGUCCCAAAGAGGUGGACAUUCAGUGAAGGGUACGCCAGGAUUUGUAUAUAUAUUCAGAGAGGCCCAGAUUGGGCACAUUCAAACUUCAACAUGUACAAGCUCCUGAUCCUCUCCGCUCUCGUAGCCGUGGCUUUCGCCGCCUCCUACGAAAAACACGAGUCCCACGAACACGCUUACUCGACCCAGAACCAAGUCAACUACGUCAAGCAUUCUGUUCCAGUCGAGAUCAAAGUCAAGUCAGCUCCAGUAGUCCACCACGUUCCAAUCGUCUCCCACGUUCCAGUAGUACAUCAUGUUCCAGUGGUACAUCAUGUAGAAGCUCCAGUUUACCAUCACUAAAUUCCCAUUCCUACCUUAAAACUCCAUCCAUCAUCUUGAAAUAUCAUCCAUCAAAAUUUAUUUAUGUAUUUAUUAUCUUUGGCAUGUCAAUAAAUAAAUUGUUAAUUUCUUAA